AUGACCACCGAACUUGUUUACUCACUCAAGCUGCUGAAGUUCACAGGCGGUGGAGGAGUUCCAUUCCACGAGUCUCUGGCGAGAAAAAUAAACAGAAGGCAGACAAGGAUUCGAUUUGGACUUGACCGAUCAUCGGGCAGUUCAGCUGCAGUGUCGGAUCGGAACACAGUGUUUCCGGCGUCGAUCCGUUUGCAGAGGGAGUUAGUGAGAGCUCGAUUUCCGGAGAUUUCUACCUUCCGUUGCUCUCGCUCUCGAAUCCCGAUGGAGUUGGAAAUUUGCAUGAAGGGGUUGGUGGAAGAGCUGAAUUAUUGA